CAGUUAUUAAUGUAGAAAAUAAAAAAGUAAUAAAUAGAAUUAUUGUAUUAAAAAAAAAUUAAUUAAUGAAUUUAUAAUAACAUUAUUAUAAUAAUCAUAUUGUAGAUUGUUGACAAAUGAAAGUGAAGAUCAUAUAAUGAAUAUAAUUGACUGUUGGUAAUUUUGAUACGCAGUGUAUAGUAAAUAAAUAUUAUAACCUGUAACAGAACAAAUUAUUUUCAUUAUAAACAAAUUCAAUUAAAAUAUCAUUAAAAUGAAUCCAACAGAACCUACAAGUACUGAAACUUUAAGUUCCAAAAUGAAAGAUGUUAUUGAUGUAUUAGCUAUGCAACGAGAGAAGAGGAAUACUUUGCAGAAAAGUAUUACAAUUGAUUAUACAAAAAGUAGUGAUAGUUUCACAAUUUCAAGAUUUAUAUUUGAAUGUGGUUUAAAAUUAGAAGCUCAUCCAUUGACUAUUGCUACAGCUGCAACAUUAUAUCAUAGAUUUAUAAAAGAAGCUAUUCCAGGAGGUUAUGAUAAUUAUUUAAUUGCUGCAACAUGCCUUUAUUUAGCUGGAAAAGUAAAAGAUGAUAAUUUAAAAAUAAGAGAUGUAAUGAAUGUAUCUUAUAGCACAUUACAUAGAGGAUCACAACCCUUAGAAUUGGGAGAUCAAUAUUGGAGUAUGAGAGAUGCAAUAGUUCAAGCAGAACUUUUAAUCAUGCGUAUGCUCAAAUUUCAAGUAACUCCAAUACAUCCACAUAAAUACAUGUUACAUUAUUUACGGUCUUUGCAAGCAUGGUUUGGAGAAGAAGAAUGGUCUAAAUAUCCAGUUGCAAAAACCAGUAUGGCACUUUUGCAAGAUUUUCAUCAUUCUCCAGCUAUACUUGAUUAUCCACCAAAUUUAAUAGCAAUUGCUUGUAUUAAUUUGUCACUACAGAUUUAUGGUGUAGUAGUACCAUUAAUGGAUGAAUGUGAUCAGCAACCUUGGUUUAAUGUCUUCUGUAAAGAUUUAACAAGAGAUAAACUUUGGGAAAUAAUGGAAAAAGUUAUGGGAGCAUAUGAUGAAGAACCAGAAACUAGAGAUAAUUAAAAUAUUUCAGUACUAUUUCAAUUUCAUCAUAUAUUAACAUAAAUCUAACAUUCUCAUAAAAAUUGGUAUUGAAAGAGUACAAAUAUAAAUCAGGAUCAUUAAAACAAAUUUUUCCGAUUUUGUGUUUUGUAUUUUUCUAUACCAUUAAUAUUAUUUUUAAAUUAAAAAAUAAUAAAAUUUGUAAUAUAAAAAAAUUAUAAAAAAAUAA